CGGGCACAUAUGGCGUCUCGAAAUUCCAAUCCAUCGGCGAUCGUACGCUCGCCAAUGGGGCCAUGGCGAUCAACCUAGCCAUAGCCUCAGCCAAGAAGGGUCUGAAUAACAACAAAACAUAUCACAAAACAAACUGCUCAUUUACGGCAUCACUGUUUUCCCCUGGCGAAAUUGAUUUCCGCUGGUUGCGUCGCCCCUCGUUCCAACGCCUCUCCGAAUGCUAUCACUCAGCGCGCUGCUUUCUCACCGACCGAUCGAUCGUACGCUUUUCUUCUCCUCUGGAUCACCAAGGUACGGACGGACGCCCGAACAAAAACCAAACCGCCUUCCAAUCUACGGCCUACCUACCUGCUUCGUUGGCCCUCUUCUGCUGCAUCGCCUUUGCCUUCGCCUUCUCCUCCUGCUCCUUCGCUUUGCUCCGCCCUGCCCAAGAAAAGAAAACCCUUAUCAAAAUUCCAUUAUCUAUUUCGGUUUCAACUUUCCGCGCUGCCCUCGCCGCUGGGUCUCGUUCUUUCCCCGAUCCAAGAGGUUUGCGAUCGAUCCACUUCACUUUGCCACAAAAGGGAGAAGAAAGCCUUUAUCCGGAUGAUGAAGAUGAUGAUGGCCUUGCCAAGAGCGCUUGAUGCCUGCGCGUUGCGUCGUCUCCUUGCUUCUCGCUACUGCUUCAGCUGUUGUUGGUCCGUUCGUUCCUUGGACUUCUUCGUCCUCUGUCCACACACAACACUUCGAUCGGGACAACCUCGGCGGGCGCGAAGGAACAUCGAGACCCAACAGCAGAUUAAUUAGCGCUGAUUAGAUCGUUUCCCUUCGCGCGCUUGCCCCGUCGCCGUCGUACGCGAGCACUCAUACCCAGACCCACACACCCAAGCACCCUUUCCUCCGGCACCAAUACCACCACGCGCGUCGACUCGAUCGUCAGCUACCAAACUUCCAAACUUGGGCGGCGAAGAUCGGACGCGAGCGGUGACAAGGGAAAAAAUGUAUCCAAUCUCCUUCUGACGGCGCGCGGCUCCUUUCCGCCGUCGUCCCGUGGGCCCGGCAAAGGCCCGCAAAGAUGCGCGAAAGAAGCAUUCUUGAAAAAUUACACCCGUGCAAAACCGACAUCCGAUUAAUUUCCUUCUUCUGCUCGCUCGAUCGCUCGAUUCGGCAGCAACCGAACAAGCGACGAACCCGCUCAAUUCGACUCGGCAUUUGUUCGGCUCUCUCGCACGCUGAACGAUCGCGCAAGAGCAAGAGAAUAAAUUGCGUGUCGUGGAGAGAACCGAGAGAUGGAGAAACCAAGAGAAAGAGACUACAAUGAAGCUGGAUAACUACAAUUUGAUCGGUCGUUGGAACAAGUGCAGUGCUGCCAGCUGCCUGCAUCAACGAACACGAUCAUCAAACUGAUAAUACUUUUUUAAACGUGAGCCUCGGUCUCUCCAAGCGUACACUUACACGCGGUAAAUUACAGUACCUGAAUGCUUUCCCUUCACCAAGGUUCUGAGCUGUGCGCUGUCCUCCAGAGUACCAAGAAACUCUCACUAAAAGAUAGUGGUAGGUAAUUGCGAUCGGUCGGUCCAUCGAAGAAAAAACAGGGUUACACGCGAAAUUGGUUCGAAAGAAAGCCGGAAAAAAUUGAUGCUUUCGAUCGAUCGACCGCGGAGAGAGAGUAAUGACCAAAACGAAGCGAAAGAGCAAAAUCAUGCGGUAAAGAUGAUAGCAAUCAUAAUAAUUGAUUACACGUAUACUUCCUUCAAUUUAUUUAUCAAAAUCUUCACCGGUAUUCGUUCCGUCCGAGUUUGGUUGGGUGAAACCGCCGACAAAAAAUUGUACAAGAAGACAUUGCUGCGCUGCUGUUGUAAUGUGCCACGAAGAUGGGUGGAAAGAAAAUGAGGUAAAACGAUCGCGCGAGAGCGGGAGAGAGAGAGAGUAAUCGAUCGCGUGAGAGAUUUUCACCGCGAAAGCUUCGUUUUUCGUUUGAAAGACCACCUUUCGGGUCCAAACUCUCGACUCUCGUGAUCAGUUCAGUUCCGACCGACAACCGCGAAAGGCAGACCCCACGAUCGGUGCCGUUCCGUUGCGCGAUCACCAGUUUCACUCACUCUCUCUCUCCGCGCGGUGGACUUUCUUUGCGCUUCUCUGCUCUGUGUUCGAUGAGGGCACACAAGCUCCAACUGUCCGAGUUUAUUUUUUCGAACGAACCGGAAGGCACGCCGGAACUACCGGCCGCCAAUCGAGCGCUAUUCCUGGAGAAAGUGCGCCAAUCAAACACUGCCUGCCAAAAUGGGGACUUCACCACGGCAGUGCAGCUCUACACCGAUGCCCUGGCAUUGGACCCCAGCAAUCACAUUCUCUUCAGUAAUCGAUCAGCGGCUCGACUCAAGCAGGGUCAGUUUGCAUUGGCCCUCCAGGAUGCCACAAGGGCCAGAGAGCUUUGCCCUCAAUGGCCAAAGGCCUACUUUCGACAAGGUGUUGCGCUGCAGUGUCUCGGACGAUACGGUGAAGCACUGGCAGCAUUCAGCUCGGGUCUCGCUCAGGACCCCAACUCGAAGCAGCUGCUCGCAGGACUUGUGGAGGCCUCGAUCAAGAGUCCUCUACGUCAUGCCCUCGAGCCAACGUUCCAGCAGUUAAAAGCCAUGAAACUCGAUCAGUCGCCGUUCGUAGUGAUAUCAGUGGUGGGACAAGAAUUACUCGGUGCCGGUCAGUACCAUUCCGCAGUGACAGUGCUAGAAUCGGCCCUCCGGAUAGGGUCGUGUUCCCUCAAGUUACGAGGGUCAGUGUUCAGUGCUCUCAGUUCGGCCCAUUGGGCGCUAAAUCAAUUAGACAAAGCUAUCGCGUAUAUGCAACAGGACUUGGCUGUUGCGAAGAGUCUUGGUGAUACCGCGGGUGAAUGUCGUGCUCACGGGAAUCUCGGUUCGGCUUACUUCAGUCAGGGUUCGUACAAGGAAGCCCUUACAUCUCAUCGUUAUCAACUUGUCCUGGCAAUGAAGUGCAAGGACACUCAAGCAGCCGCAGCAGCUCUCACAUCUCUAGGACAUGUCUACACCGCUAUUGGAGAUUACCCUAAUGCUCUAGCCUCCCACAAACAGUGCGUUCAACUGGUAAAGCAAAUGGGUGAUCGACUCCAAGAAGCUCGCGAAAUUGGAAAUGUCGGUGCAGUCUAUCUAGCCAUGGGCGAAUUUGAUUCCGCCGUCGAUUGCCAUACUCAACAUCUGCGACUAGCACGUAAGCUCGGUAACCAAGUAGAGGAAGCUCGCGCUUACAGCAACCUCGGUUCCAGCUAUCACUACAAGCGCAACUUCACUCAAGCGAUUACCUAUCAUGAAAACGUCCUUCGAAUAGCGCAACAACUUGGUGAUCGUGCCAUCGAAGCCCGUGCUUAUGCCGGGCUUGGCCAUGCCGCUCGCUGUGGCCAUGACUUCCAUCAAGCCAAACGAUGGCACGAAAAACAGCUCGAAAUGGCCUUGGCAGCUCGCGACAAAGUCGGCGAAGGUCGGGCGUGCUCCAACCUUGGUAUCGUCUACCAACUUCUCGGGGAACACGAUGCCGCUCUAAAACUUCAUCAAGCCCAUUUAACCAUCGCCCGCCAAUUACAAGACAAAGCCGGAAUGGGACGAGCCUACGGAAACAUCGGCAACGCAUACUCCGCUGCAGGGUUCUACGAACAAGCCAUCAAAUACCACAAACAAGAAUUGAUAAUCAGCAAAGAAGUGCACGAUCGCAGCGCAGAGGCCUCCACUCACGGCAAUCUAGCUGUAGCCUAUCAAGCACUGGGCGCUCACGACAUGGCCCUGAUGCACUAUCGAGCCCACCUGAACAUUGCUCGGGAACUGAAGGACACUGCAGGCGAAGCCUGUGCUCUUCUCAAUCUCGGAAACUGCCUGAGCUCGCGUCAAGAAUUCGCUCAGGCCGUCCCAUAUUACGAACAAUACCUGAUGCUCUCCCAAGAGCUCGGCGACGUCGCCGCCGAAGGCAAGGCAUGUCACUUUCUCGGCUACGCCCACUACUGCAUCGGCAACUACCGUGAAGCAGUCCGAUACUACGAUCAGGACUUGGCCCUCGCCAAGGACCUCCAGAACAAAAUGAACAUGGGACGAGCCUAUUGCAAUUUAGGUCUGGCCCACUUGGCCCUAGGAAACACUGCCGGCGCUUUGGAAUGUCAGAAAUAUUUCCUAGCAAUCGCCCACAUGACGAACCACCUUCCCGGGAAAUUUCGAGCCCUUGGCAAUAUCGGAGACGUGCUCAUCCGAAUGGGCGAUGUUGACGAAGCGAUCAAGAUGUAUCAACGUCAACUAUCGCUUGCUAGGCAAGCACGGGAACGCGGAAUGGAAGCUGCUGCUUGCGGAGCACUAGGACUAGCUCAUCGUCUUCUAAAGAAAUUCGACAAAGCGUUGGGAUACCACACGCAAGAACUGACGUUAAGGCAGGAGAUGGGCGAUCUGCCUGGCGAGUGUCGAGCCCACGGUCAUCUGGGGGCGGUUCAUAUGGCACUUGGAAACUACACUCAUGCGGUCAAGUGUUACCAGGAACAGUUGGAAAGGGCACAAGAACUGCAGGAUUCGGCGGUGGAAGCUCAAGCUUUCGGCAAUCUGGGCAUCGCACGGUUGAACAUGGGUCAUUACGAAGACGCGAUAGGGUAUUUGGAGCAACAGUUGGGCACACUAGAGCAAGUGAAUACCCCGACGGCUCAACACGAUCGCGCCAGAGCUCUUGGGCAUCUAGGGGACUGCUACGACGCACUCGGAGAUUAUCAUGCGGAGGCGAUCAAGUGCCACGAUCGUCAUCUAGCGUUGGCGAUCGCACUACAGAGUCCACGCGAUCAGGAACGUGCCUAUCGGGGAUUGGGUAAUUGUUACAAAUCGGUGGGAAAUCUGCAAGAAGCUUUAGUGUGUUUGGAGAAGAGAUUGGUAGUGUCGCACGAGUUGGGUAAUCCGGAAGCGAAGGCCGCGGCCUACGGUGAUCUGGGAAGUAUUCACAGUGCUCUGGGGAAUUACGAACAGGCGAUCAACUGUUUGGAACAUCAGCGAGAUAUUGCGAGGGAGUUGGGUGAUCGUGCGUUGACCUCCGAUGCUAUAAGUGGACUAGGUGCAGUGUUCCAUCAAAUGGGAGACUACGAAGGGUCGCUGCGUUUGCACAAACAGGACUUGGACUUGUGUGAAAAUAUGGGUCACGCUGCUUUGCAAGCAAGAUCCUGUGGCAAUUUGGGAUCAGUGUACGAAUCGUUGAAGAACUAUGCCGAAUCAGUGAGAUAUUUUGAAAAACAGUUAUCCCUAACGACCGAUCGAUUAACGAAGGCCCAUGCAUGUUUGUCGUUGGGUCGAGUUUAUCACACUAUGGAACAAGUGACUCAGGCAGUUAGUUUCCUGCGACAAGGAUUAUCCAUCGUACAAUCGUUGAACAAACUGGAAGAUGAAGCAAAGAUCCGUUACCGCUUGGGUCUUUCACUGCUUGCGUCUGGAGAUGAAGACAACUCACGGCAGCAGAUGGAAAGCGCCGCGCAGAUCUUAGAGUCGAUCAGAAGUGAUCAAGUUACACCCGAAGCUAGGACCAAUUUGUACGAUCUGCAGACGUCCUGUUAUCAAACGUUACAAAGAAUCCUUAUCAAUAUGGGACGAAAUGAGGAAGCCCUGGUUGCGGCAGAACGGUGUCGCUCAAGGAUGGGCGCUGACUCGAACCAAAGCGCGGAGAAUUCAUUGAACAAUCGAAAAACCCUGCUGACUUGUAGCGAGUACAUCUUCGAUACGGUCAACAAGAGCAAGACCAACAUCAUCUACUACAGUUUAGCGGGCAGUGAACUUUACGCGUGGUUCCUGUCGCCACAGAAGAGGAUCGUGCGCUUCCACGUGGCGAAGAUCGACGAGCAGACACUGCAGAUGAAGAAGAAACCCGCAGGCGGUGAAAACGGAAACGGGUGUGAAAGUUUAUUGGAUCAGUAUAUCAAUUUUGUGCGCGACAGUUUGGGUGUGAACUCCGGAAGUGUGCUACAGGAGGGCGACGGAAGUGGUUGGAAAUCGUCGAAUGAGAACCUGAUCGACGAUUUUGCUAAUGAGCGUGCCGGUUUCCUGCGGAUGGUGAAUAGGAACCAUUUGUUGAACUCGAGUAACUACUCGUUGAGUUCAUUGUUCAGCUUGGGAAGCGUCGGUGGAUCGGUGGCCAGCUUGCAAGGAUCUACCAGAUCCAUUGGAAGCCUGCAAGGAUCGACGAGAUCUCGACGAUCCAAUAUGCUCCCACCAUGGCAGGGUCCAUCUUGCCUUCAUGUACUGUACAACCUACUAUUGGCACCAUUCGAAGAUCUACUUCCUGACAUUAGUACCACAUCCAGAAUAGGUCGUCGUGAGCUGAUAUUGGUUCUGGAAAAGGAACUGUACCUUGUACCGUUCGCGAUCCUUCGAAGUGGAGAUGAAUCGGGCGAAUAUCUAUCCGAGCGAUGUUCCCUUCUGACAGUUCCAUCGCUCCAUACUUUACGGCAGAAGAGCCGGACCAAAACCCGGGAGCCUGCUGAAGGCCUGAACAGUGCCCUGGUCGUCGGAGGACCGAAGAUCCCAUCGUCCCUGUCGGACACCUGGGGCUGGAGUGAAUCACCAGCCUCGCUCCAGGAAGCCGCCAUGGUUUCGGACAUGCUCAACACCAAACCCCUGGUGUCCUGCAGCGCCACCAAGGAGACCAUCGUGUCCGAACUAACCUCAGCUGAAUGUGUGCAUUUUGCGGCGAACGUAAGCUGGAAGCUAGGCGCCGUCAUUCUCAGUCCAGGUGAAGUCCUGGAUUCCCAAUCGCAGAAACGAUUCUACCCGAACUCUUCGGGAGAAAUAGAAAACGACGAGGACAAUGCCGAUCUGUCCUCGACCAAUAUGGAGAUCCCUCCACUGUCGGACUUCAUUCUGAGUGCUGCAGAUCUGUUGGCCAUGAAACUGAGUGCCAAGCUGGUGGUGUUGAGCUCGUACCACUCUGUUGAACCGAUUACUGGAAUUGGAGUGGCGAACCUGGCUGGCAGCUGGCUGUUUGCAGGCACUGGAGCCGUCUUGGUUUCCCUGUGGCCUGUUCCGGAAACGGCAGCAAAGAUUCUUCUUAGGGCCUUCUAUUCGGCCCUCUUACAAGGAACGAGAGCUGCUAAGGCCUUGGCAGAAGCCAUGCAGACUGUUCAACAUACGAAACACUUUGCCCAUCCUGCUAACUGGGCCGGAUUUAUCUUGAUUGGAGGAAAUGUUCGACUAUCUAACAAAGUUGCCUUGAUCGGGCAGGCCUUGUGUGAACUAAUGCGAACUCCAGACAAAUGCCGAGAUGCUCUUCGCGUCUGUCUGCAUCUCGUAGAAAAGAGUCUACAGCGUAUCCACCGAGGACAAAAGAAUGCCAUGUAUACGACCCAGAAGAGUAUCGAGAACAAAGCCGGUCCAGUGGUUGGCUGGAAAGAUCUUCUGAUGGCCGUCGGAUUCCGCUUCGAACCGGCAGCUAAUGGAAUCCCUUCGAGCGUAUUUUUCCCACAGACGGAUCCAGAAGAUCGCUUGUCCCAAUGCUCGGCAAGUUUACAAGCCUUGCUAGGCUUAUCACCUACCACUCUGCACGCUCUAUCGAAGUUAGUCAACAACGCGGAGAUCGCUGACGAGAUCAUCGGAGUCAUGCGAAACGUGGUGGCACAGUUCCCAUCGAAGGGAACCAUCGACAACGAAAGCAUCGACAUUCCGCUGAGUGUGCGUUUGUGGAGAGUAUCCGGCUGUCACGAACUGCUGGCCUCGCUUGGAUUCGAUCUGAUGGAAGUCGGACAGGACCAGGUGACACUAAGAACCGGAAAGCAGGCCAACCGUAGGAACUGUCAGUUUGUCCUGCAAUCGCUGCUUGCAUUGUUCGAUACCCAAGAAGCUCCCAAGAGUCUCGGAAUCGAAUCCAGCAGCAGUUCUGAAUCCUUGAACGAAGACACGUCCGACGAUCCGCAAACUAAGGCACCAAGCCCAACGCCUACAGCUCCGGAACAGCAACGUAGCGUCUCCCCAGCCGGAACGGUCAAAAGUCAAGCCAGCUAUAACUUCCCGCGACCCCCGUUACCGUUUCGACGGGUUCCAUUCCUGAGUACCCGAAGUGCCUUUAUUUCGUACGUCCGGAGACGCGGUGAACCCGACGGAGGACAAACAGAAUCGUCCGGCCAGGUUCCCAUCGGCGGCCAACAAGCUCAAGCGCAGUCACAAUCGACUAACAACGCGGCUAAUUUGGAUUCUAGUCUGGCGAAUACAACGGACAGUGAGCUAUCGGAUGGAUACACAACUCAACAGAUCCUCAUGAAGAGCGACCACUUGGCAAAGGGACUAGGAUAUUCGAGUCUACGAGGAACCAUCAAGGUGUCUCGGCCUGGUGGUGGUGGAGAAAGUGACGCAGCGUUUACACCGAGCCCACCAGUGACAAUUCAGAACGUAGAUCCCAAUGUAUCAUUGGCAUUGGCGCACCAGACCCGGAUACGUAAUCUGUACACAAACAACGGGCUGGGUGCCUACGGUCACGAAACAGUCCGCGAAGGUCAUCAUCAUCAAAAUCCCAAUUUGCGACGACCUGAUAGCUCAAGCUCUGCCAGUUCUGCUACCGAUUGGGAAGGUUCCGGACAUGCUACUGUGCUUCGAAGGGCCAAUCAAGGACACCACAAUCUACCACCUCUUCCGCCACCCCGGCAAACUUUACCGAUGGUUGAUAGUUUAAGACCUUUGGCACCUCUGGCACCAGUGUACAACAACAUCACCGGUGGAGCCGUUGGAAAGGCCCAGGCUAACGGAAAGACCCUCAACGUACUGGAAUCAACCAGUUCCGAUUCUGAAUUUGAGCGUAGCUUUGAUCUACCAUCAAGUUCGAAUGCCGCUUCCAUUAGCAGUAAACUGACCAGCUUAGCGCACAGUUUACAAAGCAUGCGAAGUCGCAAGUUGAAGAUGCAGCCUGUUCAACAACCAUCAGCGCACGGAACCUCAACCAUAACUCGUAGCAAGAUGGUCGAUCAGUUCUCGUUCAUGGACCGGCUGAGCUGUCGGACGGAAAUCUCUUCUUCAAGCUUAGGAAGUCACGCGGCACCUCCGAGGAAGCCCCUCUCCACGCUUCCGGAUGACGAGAGGACCUUGAACCUGAAUGCCAGCAAACUGUAUUUCAACCCUACGGAAGCGGAGAUUAUUCCUCUAACUGAGACACCAGCUGAUCUUGGACUAAACAAAGCACCCACCGCAAGCAUGUCAUCUAGCGUCCCUUCGACCAGCGGUACUUCCAAGGAGAAGGCCAACAACAAAAACAUCCAGGAUUCGAUUCUACGCCAUAUGAGUCGCGAAAUGACCCCGACCAUCUCGGAAGUCUACCAUGAGCGCAACAUCGGACUAGGCCUAGCUCCGUCCUUAUCGAAACUUCUCCUCAGCAAGAAUUACGAGGACUCUCCAGACAUCAAGUCCUCAACUGCGGCCUCCAUGCUCAACAAACCAAGUGCCCUGACGGUCGGAAACCUCGCCGAGGCGAUGAACGAAAUCGAAAUGAAUGCCACCACCUCCACAAAACUAGAAGAAGGUCAAUGCACGAUCUGCAAUAGUCCUUCCGAUCUCCUAUGCGGAUGUAGCACCACCUCAACGGUAGCGGCCGUAGCGGCCAUGACCGCAGCCCUGGGAGCAAACACCAUCACCAAGAAGUCCAACUCGAAGCCAUGGCUUAGCAACGUGACGCCGAACAUCGUGAAACCCGGCGAUCUUACCACGGCGGACAUCCUCGAGCAACAGAAACAGCUCAAGUCCACGGUCAGCGGUCUGACCAGCAACAUGUCCUCGUCGACGGAGAACUCGCUAUCCACGGUGGUGAAACGAGGCGGAAGUCCCUUCUCGGACCUGUCCCGCCGGGAUGAAGGCGACGGCCGAAGCGUGGCGGAUUCCCAGUGUUCGGGAAGCUUCCGGACCGACAUAACCGGAUCCACGGUGACGGUCACCACUUCCAAGAGUCAACAGUCGCAGAUUACGGUUAGCGCACAGCCCAGCGGGAGUGGAACCCAGCAGGGUGGGGCUGGAAGUACUAGCGGACAACAGCAGCAGCAGCAGCAGCAACAGGUUGCACAAGCGCAACAAGUUACGGCUGUUGGGGGACCCUCUAUGGCAAACCCUAAUCAACGGAGUAAAUACAUUAUCGAUACGUAGGAAACUGUUAAUUGUAUAAUACAACCAUUAGGUUAGAAUCCGCAAAUAUCCAAGACCAUCUUAAAUUGAUUAAAAUACUAUAAAACCAGUCAGUAUUCGAUUCGAUUUGAAGAACCUUUGACAGCAUUUUAAACAACUUAAAAAGGCUUUGGUGUCUGCGGAAGGAAUAUCUUCUGUGUAAAAACAUUCCAAGCUUUCAAAAGGCUACAAUUGUGACGUACAUGCUAGGUUAAUGAGACAUUUGCUUGUCCAUGCAAAUGAUCACACUGUGUAUACCCGACUUAUGUUUUUAUCAAUGUAGGAUAAAGAUUUUAUCUAGUUUUAAGACUGACAUUCAACAACAACGAACUGAUUAGGUUAUGUUUUUAAGAAAUUUAGCAACUAAGUAGAGAUUACAUAUUUAGCUGCUUUCAAAAGCCAAUUUGAGAUUAGUAUGAUAGUGGUAGAGGAAUAAAGUACGACGAAGGCGGAGAUCGCGAGAAAAUGCGUUGAACAAUGUGUAAAAAUUUGCCUGCCAAGAAACCUUGAUUUUAAUACUCUUUUCAUACGGAUAAGUAUACAUACAUAUUAUUUAGAUAGUGAAAUUGAAAGUUUUAUGGUUUUAAAGUGCAUUUUGAAGUGUAUAAAAAACAAAACUGUAAUUUAUAACGAAUAGCUUUCUAAUUAAUAAAUGGUUUUA